CAACACCCAACAAAAAUGGAGAUUUGGUAUGUCGCCAUCGUCUCCCUCUGCGUCUGCUCUCUUCUAACCUCCAUUUUUACCCAUUUUCGAAGCUCCACCAAUCUCCCACCAGGCCCUCCUUCAAUACCCAUCAUCACAACUUUCCUCUGGCUCCGCCGAUCGCCUCUCCAACUUGAAUCUUUCCUCCGCAGUUUCGCCGCCAAAUAUGGCCCCGUCGUCACCCUCCGCAUCGCCAACCGCCCCACCAUCUUUAUCUCCGACCGUUCUAUUGCUCAUAAAGCCCUCCUCCAAAACGGUGCUCUCUUCGCCGACCGUCCACGGGCUCCACCCAUGAGCAAGAUCAUCUCCAGCAACCAACACAACAUCAGCUCCGCCUCUUACGGCCCACUCUGGCGCCUCCUCCGUCGCAAUCUCACUUUCCAAAUCCUUCAUCCUUCUCGGGUUAAGUCCUAUAAUCGAGCUCGCAAGUGGGUUUUGGAUAUUCUUCUUAAUCGACUUGUUUCUCAUUCGAAAUCUGAAACUCCCGUUACCGUCAUCGAUCAUUUUCAUUACGCUAUGUUCUGUUUGUUGGUGUUGAUGUGCUUUGGGGAUAAGCUUGAGGAACCCCAGAUUCAUGAAAUUGAAAACGUACACAGAGCUAUGCUGUUGAGCUUUCGCCGUUUCAACGUCCUUAAUUUCUGGCCGAAAUUGACGAAGAUUUUGCUCCGUAAGCGCUGGGAGGCGUUCUUGGAAAUCAGAAGAAAUCAGGAGAAAGUCAUCAUCCCUUUGAUUGAAGCAAGAAGGAAGGCCAACCAAAACAGAGCAAACAGAGAAAACAGAGAAAACAGAGCCGAAACUGAAGAAGAUUUCGUGGUGUCAUAUGUGGACACACUCCUCGAUUUGGAGCUUCCCGAGGAGGACAAUAGAAAGCUUACCGAUGAGGAGAUUGUGACCAUAUGCUCGGAAUUCCUCAACGCCGGCACGGACACGACGUCCACGGCCUUGCAGUGGAUAAUGGCGAAUAUAGUGAAAUACCCAGAAAUCCAACACAAGCUUGUUGCUGAGAUGAAAGGAGUAAUGGGGGAUGGAACAGGGGAGGAGGUGAAGGAAGAGGAUUUGGGGAAGCUUCCAUAUCUGAGAGCUGUGGUUUUAGAAGGAUUAAGAAGACACCCACCAGGGCAUUUCGUGUUACCACACGCAGUGAAAGAGGACACGAUGUUUCAGAAGCCCACAUGGAAGAAACAUAUUUAA